AAUGUCCUGUAGUUUGGUGGCAACAGUCUCAGUAAAGAUAGGUCUUCCAUGUGUGGAUAUGUAUGGAACUUGAUAUACUCGCAUACGCACAUGGACUGAUUCCUGAAUAGCUUCUUCGGCUAAGUGACCAGCCUGCUGAGAGUUGUUUGUAAUCCGACCCUCCUCAGGUUUGCACAUGCUGAUGGACUGUGGGGCAGUGAUUCCUUUAGAGCAGGCGCUAGAUAGCAAAGGUUUGGAGCCAUGCCCAGGCCUCUGUGGGAUCUGUGUCCACUAACAGGUGUGAGAAUAAAGGGCAGGAUAACCUGGAUAGUUUCCAUAAUGCAGAGUGGAAUUACACAAAGAAGACUUUGAUGUACGUAACGCAGAUCGUCAACACUGGACAAUGAAUGUGCAAGGUGACGAUACAAAUAUUUAACUUCACAUGGUUAACAUUUAGGUGUGUUCAUAUGUUUCUUUCCCAUAAUUAAAUUAUUUAUUUAUGCAAAGUAAUGGCAACCUAUGAAAACAUAAAACUUACUGAAAUGCAGUACCACAGGGAGACAUAAAGAGAAAAAUAGUCACAAGCUGAUUGGUCAGGACAGCGAAGAGGGUGGAGUUUACAAUAUGACAUCUAAACUGAGGUGAUAUAAAUGUGUUGUGCCAGAUUCUCCUGUGGGGAACAACUGACAACACAACUGCAACACGCUACUCAUGGGAGAUUAACUCCAAACAUUGAGGACAAUAUUCCCAUCACUCAGCAUAGGAAUACCAGCAUGGAGAUGUCCAGUACAUCUGUCCUGCCAGUGGUUGGCUUUGGGUCGAUGGCUCGGACAGCCGGACUGCUGGAGAUUGCUGUCAGGCUGUGCUUAAACCAGCGUAAACAACUGUGUCCUCAUGUCUGGGUUCCCAUCCUGAAACCCCAGCGAUCCUGCAUCCGUCCUCCAGCUUCAGAGCACUUAUCCUCUGACAUCUUGAGCCAAGUCUUUCCGCCCCAUCCUUCCUCACCUUUCCUCGAUGACUUGGACGACGGCGAUGAUGAUGUGUUGUUCCCAAUCAAGAGCAAACGUGUUGUUUUUGCCGACUCGCGGGGAUUGUCUCUAACAGCCGUGCGAGUGUUUUCCGACAAAGAAGAGCAGUCUGACCUCGACCUGCUGCCAUCACUGCAGUCUCUGGGCAGCAUGACAGAGGAUGGCUACAGCUGCACAGUCAGCACCUGCUGCCCAGGAACACAGCUCAAACUGGGCUUCCCGCAGCCAUCUGCAAAUUUCCAGGCCUUUCGUGCCAAGCUGGCAGAGAGCAUGGUCAUCUUGGAGAACUGCAGUAUCAGCGAGAAGGCCCUCCGGGGUACCGUAAGGGUUAAGAAUGUCAGCUACCAGAAGGAUGUGCGUGUGCGCAUCACCUUUGACUCGUGGCAGAGCUACAGAGACGUGCCCUGCACGUACCUGCAGAAACGCUUCGGAGGACCUCAGACGGACAUCUUUGAAUUUGACAUUACUAUUCCUAAAGUGCUAGAUGCCAAAAGGAAGAUUGAGUUCUGUUUAAGUUAUUUGCCAGGAGGGCACAGCGAGCCUUUUUGGGACAAUAACGAUGGACAGAAUUACAGUAUUACAGUGAGCGUGAACUCACAUCUGUGCCAUGGGAAGAAUCUAAGUGAAAGGUCAUGACUCACUAAACCUAGAAGUGAUCCUUUUUUUUCCCCACCUUCGUGUAUACUGUAUCAGUCCUGGGUGAAGGUUUCCUGUACAUUUUUGUGUUUUUCUGUGAAAUGUUACUUCUUUUAUUUUUGAUCAUGUUUAUACUGCUUAGUAACAGUUCUAUAUUUUAAAAAUGUCUUUAAAACAGA